UCCGCAUGCGCCUCCAGGAUAAAAAGCCCGCCUGGGUUAGAAAAGCAUGGCAGCUACCGAGGUAGAGAUCGGGCCGGCUGUGGAAAGAGCCCCAGUGCCUGAAACGGCAGAAACAGCAGCAGGCACGGCCACAACCUCGCCAGCGACGGCUGCUGCCGCGAUAGUUGCGGCAGCGGCCAGGACCGGAACCGAAGCCACGGCCUCCAAGGCCGCUUUGGCUACCAAGCUGCUGUCCCUGAGCGGCGUGUUCGCCGUGCGCAAGCCCAAAGGGCCCACUUCAGCCGAGCUGCUGAAUCGGUUGAAGCAGAAGCUGUUGGCAGAAGCUGGAAUGCCUCAUAAAGAAUGGACCAAAAGGAAAAAACAGACUUUGAAGAUUGGGCACGGAGGGACUCUAGACAGUGCAGCCGGAGGAGUACUAGUGGUUGGAAUUGGAAGGGGAACAAAAAUGUUGACCAGUAUGUUGACAGAGUCCAAGAGGUAUGUUGCUGUUGGAGAACUGGGGAGAGCCACUGACACCUUAGAUUCUACAGGGAAAAUAACAGAAGUAAAACCUUACGAUAAAAUAACACAAGAAGAUAUUGAAAGCAUUCUACAAAAGUUUACUGGGAACAUAAUGCAAGUACCCCCCCUCUAUUCUGCAUUAAAGAAAGAUGGACAAAGACUUUCAACUUUGAUGAAGAGAGGUGAAGUAGUAGAAGCAAAGCCUGCCAGGCCAGUUACUGUGUACAGCAUCUCCCUUCAAAAAUUCCAGCCACCAUUUUUCACAUUAGAUGUUGAAUGUGGAGGAGGUUUUUAUGUCAGAAGCUUGGUCAGUGACAUUGGCAAAGAACUCUCUUCCUGUGCCAACGUACUAGAGCUGACCCGAACCAAACAGGGCCCAUUCACACUGGAAGAGCACGCCCUUGCCGAAGACAGGUGGACCAUUGAUGACAUUGCGCAGUCCCUUGAGCAUUGCUCAUCUCUUCUCCCGGCAGAGCUGACCCUUAAAAAAACAAAACCUGAGGAGUCUAGUGAACAGGUUUUGAGCUGUAAAUCUGUAACUUUAAAUGAGACCACAGGAAAUGAUGAGAUAAUUAAAACAUUUUGACACUGGCCCGAGCGUAUCAUGGUUUCUCAGUCGACAUUUGAAUUCUGCGUGCACAUGCAGCGUGACAGGCUGCCUGCAGGAGACAGCCAACUCUUCUCAACUCUUUUUCACAUGAACAACAUGUCCUUCAUUCACAGUGUCCGUAGCAUGUAUUUCGUUUGUGACAGAUUAUGAAUUGCCUUGCAGUUGUUCAGUUCUCCACUGUACUAUGGAAUAUUCUUUUUGGGGUGUUCUUAAGUUGUUAAACUAUGAAUGUGAUUGGAUUCAAGAAAACUUUCUGAAUUUGAUCUUUCUUGAGUCUUUUCUUAUAAAAAGUUGAACAGGUUUCCUAAUCAAGGAAAAAAGACAUGAACCAAUGUUUCUUGAGUUUCACAGUAUGGUUUUGUUAUUUUAUUUAGGCUUUCUGGUACUCCAUUGUGUUGCAGUUCUCUAACUGUGUUUAGAAUAGCCAUUACUGCAAUCUGUCUUAUGUCUUGGAGCAUUGUCUAUCAUUAAAAACGUUUCCUUGAUGAAGCUGCAUCCAUUUAGUCCUAGAGAUGUUGGUUUAGAUCUUGGAAACAACCUGUUAUAAUAAGUAUUUGUAAAUGAACCAGAUUUUUGCUGUUACCACUAACUAUAUAUAAAUAGAAGACUAAUAUUUAAUUAAAUUCACCUCUAGCAGUAGAGCAGACAGCUCCUGUAGUUUGUAUUUGGGGAGCUGUGAGAUAUAUUUUCCUAGUCAUUUCAUCAACAUUUGAUCACUUUGUACCAUAUUACUAAAUAACAUAAUUAAAAAAAUUUAAAGACUGUAUCUUCAAUGAACAAAUUCUUUUUCCAUUCUUUAGCAUUUAUUUAUAUCUCGUUAUUGGGUAUUAACCCCUGUGACAUUUAGACACACUGGGAAAGCUGCCCUACAUCUGCAGCUAAUCUCUUCUGCUCUAAAUAUUUUAAAAAACACAUAUUCUCAAACAUUUUCCUUCAAUAGCUUUCUAAAAGGUCUUAUCUCUCUUUACCAUAACUUUGAAAUGCAUGCAAUCACAUUACAGAGUGGUAAAUUUCAUGUAUAGGUGAGUGCUUUGUAUUUUUGUUGUUGGAAAGCAGUGUAUUAUGUGGCCAGUCUACAGAAACAUCCUAAUCUCUCUUCAUUUACUCAAAUGUAGUUUCAAUAGGAAGACUUAGCAAGCAUUUCAUAAAAUAAAAGUUUUUAGAUUUUUAUGGAUUGAUUUUCUUUUUAAAGGUGAUUGGUUGCUUGCAACCUCAAACACAAACAUUUUAAAUUUGCAAACUGAGGUGAUUUUAUUUGUGGUUAACCUAAAAUAAACUCAAUAUAAGAAUUUAUAUCCUUUAGUAGAACAUUUUUAGCAUGUUGGCAACGUACCUUGAGUGACAGUAUUGAAACUAAUUCUGAGACAGAAAAGGAAACCAGAAUUGACAUCAUGAUGUAUUAACAUAAAAUACCAAAUACACAAAGUUAUAAGUUUAAAGUUUACAAUUUUACUUAUUCACUUCUUUUUUAGAAAGUAUUUAUUUUUGUUUUUUAUUUUAAAGGCAGAGAAAGAAACAGAGACAGAGAGAAAUAGUGGAAUCCUAGCCACUGGUUCACUUCCCAAAUGCUGUAAUAGCCAGGGCUGGGCCAAGGUUGGGCCAGGGUUGGGCCAGGGUUGGGCCAGGGCAGGGCCAGGGCAGGAACUCAGGUCAGGUCUCCCAUGUAGGUGGGCAGGGGCCCAACUACUUGAGCCAUCACCUGCUGCUUUCCAGAGUGCUCACUGGCAGAAACGCUGAAGUCGGGAGUGGAGUCAGGAUUCGAACUCAGGCAAUCCAAAAUGAGAUGGUGACGUCCCAACCAAUGUCUUAUACACUGCCAAACGCCUGCCCGUACUAGUUCAUUUCUGGUGACCUGCAGUGGAAGUGGCUGCUGCCUUUUGGAAUGGCACAGGUUACAGCACUCUUUCCCAGUUUAAGUCUACAGAGAAGAAUAUUUAGUUUUAAUAACACAGGUGAAAGUGCUGUUGUAUUUCUCAGCUUUAAAACUGACAUGUGGGGACCAGUGUUAUGGUACAGUGGGUAAAGCCAGCGCCUGUGGUACCAGCAUCCCAGAUGGGCGCUGGUUCAAGUCUCGGCUGCUCCACUUCUGAUCCAGCUCCCUGCUAAUGCACUUGGGAAAGCAGCAGAAGAUGGUCCAAGUGCCUGGGCCCCUGCACCAGCAUUGGGGGACCUGGAAGAAGCUCCUGGCUUCUAGCUAUUGCAGCCAUUUGGGGAGUAAACCAGCAGAUGGAAGGUCUCUCUGUGUCUGCUUCUCUCUCCUUGUAACUCUGCAUUUCAAAUAAAUAAGUCAAUCUUUUUUUAAAAAAUUGACAUGUAUACUUUACUAAUGGAGAUGAGUUGAAAUUAUUUCCAAAGUAAAUGAUAGCCAGACCUUUUCUUUUAUAUUGAAAGCAUUGAAGAAAGUGUUUUUCAAAUGGAAGUUACCCAGUCCCCACCAUCCUAAUGCAGUAAUUUCAGAAUUUUAAUUUUUGUAUUGCUUUUUGCUCUGUUUUUGUUUUCAUAACUGCGCUUUUAAAGCAUCUGUGCUUUCUAAUGGGCUAGUUUUAAUUUGAUAUCACCUAUUUUGAAAGCAUUUCUUAUUGCUAAAUAUUUAAGUUGUUUUCAGUUUUAUUAGGAUAAAUUCCUAGGAAAUGAGAUUGAUAUAAUAUGAAUAGUUUUAUGGUUUAUGUUUUCCUUACUGCAUUCCCCAAAGUUGUAAUAUUUUACAGUGUCACCUUUUGCGUGGGGGUUUUAUAUGUUGUUGCUAAUUUGCUAAGUAUAAGAGAGAGAUCAAAUUUGCUCUUAUUUGCUUUUGUGUGAUUUAUCUGUGUACUUUGUUCAUUUAUAUAAAUAAAUGUCUUAAUGGUUUCUUUA